AACAGCAUCAAUUAACUUUGCUGUUUUGUCUAGUAUAAUAAUUAUGUUACUAGUAUCGUGAUAAUUAAAUCAUAAAAAUAUAGUAUUAUGACUGACUUAUUAGCGUCUAGAACGACACGAAGUCGUGGCGAUACUUUUCCUCGAAGUGGUUUACUUGAUGGUUGUCGAUCCGGGUCGACGACUUCCGUAUCAAGAUUGUGUAGACCUAGUGAACAAUUAAAUGCUGAAUUAAAGCAUAGUAAGAGUGAUGAUUUAGUUUUACAAGUGCAACAAUCAAAUGAUUUAGUUCAAACAUCAUCUGAUGAAAUGCAACGUGUAUAUUCCGAUGAAAUCCCGGAUAUUGUACAUAGUGAUAGUGAACCGGAAGGUGACUUUUUGGAUCGUGAUAAUAGCUCAAACAAUCAUGUGAAUGUUGUGAAAUCGUUGAAGAAACCGAAUAAGCAUGAAUUGAAUUAUGAUUUUGUUGAUCCAGAGGAUAGUAUUCGCGAUAUGAUUACGGAAAACGAUUUUUAUAGAUUCGUAUUAUUUAAGAAACAUUAUGAGAAGUAUAUACAAUUAUCACAGAAAUAUGAAGAAGCACGGAAUAUGGCUUAUUAUUUGGAGGAAAAGUAUCAUGAGAUUAAGGCUGAAAGAGAUGAAUUAGCGGUAUCAAAAACGGAAUUGGAAAAUCGACUAAAGAAUUGUCAGACUGAUUUACUUGACAAAGAAAGUGAACUGUUUGCUCAAUUAGAACGGGUUGUACGUUUAGAAGAGGACUGUGAAAAACUGCGAGGGGAAAAGCAAAAGCUAAUUGAAUGGAAAGACAAACUGGAAAAGGAAAAAAAUGAAGCAUAUAGACAGUUACAAAUUCAAGCGAAAGAAGCUGACGCCAUGCGAAAUGGACUUGAACGAGCUCGUUUGGAAGUUGUUCGGCAGAUGACUACAAUUUCACAACAAAAAGAUGUAUUGGAGAGAGAGAAUGAAAAACUAAAAGAAACCUUACAAGCAGAGCGUAAAGGUGUUGGACACUAUUUGAGUGGUUUAAAUACCCAAAAGAAAAGAAUUAGUCAAAAUAUUGAAGGUUUAGAAAAAGAGGUAUCCGAACUUAAGUUGGUUGCUCGUCAGAGCGCUUCAUUAAGUUCACAAUUCAAGAAAGGAAUGAGACAUAUUGCAACAUGCCGCCGUCGAAAAUGUUCUGUUUGUGCGUACACAAGAGCUACUUUUGGUGCAGUUGGUCCAAAUGACGAUCAGAGUGUGAAUGAGAAAAAAUUACAUUCAUGUUUGCACGGUCCAAUACAAGAAAUUCGAAAUUGGAUGAAACCAUCUGCAACAAUGACAUCCAGUCAUAUGAUGCAACCUGAUGAAAUAGAAAGUUUAUCAGCAUGUUCAGCAUAUUUUCCAACAUCUUCCCCACUAGCAUCUACACGAACAUCGGCUAGUGAAUAUUCGAUGCGUAUGAGUCGUGGUUGUUCUUCGCCAUCUCCCUGUCCAAGUUUUCAAAUUGCAGACUUAGCGUUAACAUACAUAGAUGAAGCAACAUCGGAUGCAAGUAGUGACAGUGGCAACAUUGAUGAGUACAAUUUACUUGAUGGGCCAUCAAUUACCACUCAAACAACAAUAAUCCGUCCACGUCCCACCAAUACUAGUCGUGCAUUUAGUAGCGAUUCUGGUUUUUCAUCGGAAUUAUACACAGAAUCAAAAAAUCGUAGCGGCACAACCGCCAGCAAUAAACCAGAGAAAUAUGUAUUAGAUGAAGCUGAUACAAUAAGACUGCAACGUUCCAAAUGGACUGCUUCAUUUCGUAAAUUAAUUCAUAAAGUUGCCAAAAAACAGAGUGAUGGUUAAAUUCGAAGAAUUUUUUUUGUAUUUUCUAUUUUAGAAGUAAAUUUUUAAAAACAGUGUGUCAAGUUUCAA